UUGUUUUUUCCUGUCAAGCAGCAGCAGCACCGUGGAGAGACCCGAGACCCGAGACCCGAGACCAGAGACCCGAGACCCGUCACCCGUCACAUGAUAGCAUCGACAUGGAAGAACACUUCCUGAUGGUUUGAGUUGGACUCAAGUAAAUAAUACUAUCGCGUUAUCAGACUAUCAGCGUUACAUCGUGCCAUGGAGAGAUUAGAAGCCACAUCAGAGCUCCAGUCGCGGUUGUCAUCCCUCUCCUUCUCGUCGUUCCCCGGAAUAACAUCCAAGCAGAGCGACAUCAGACCGCUGGACAGGCUCCAGAAUACAGACCUUUCACAGAGCUGCACCCAAUCCACAAACCAAGCUGAUAUGGAUGAAACCAAGGAGGAUUCAGGGCAACAGUCUGAGUUUGAGGAUAAUGCAGUGGCCCCAGCAGAGGUGGCCCUGGGGGAAGGAGGCGAGGAGAACAGCAGCGCUGGGAGCUGUCAGCUCUCUGCUGAGAUUAAAGCCCAGAUGCCACCCCUGAAACCCCCAACAACAUGGACAUCUGCUGCGCUGAAGGAGCUCAAGGCAAAGCUUCGAACGGAGGACGACAGCGUGGUGACGGUGUACCGAGGCGACAUCAUGACGGUUCACGUGCCCACUGUCCCUGAGGCCAAAAAAGUGUGCUGGGAGUUUGCUACGGACAGUUACGACAUCGGCUUUGGUAUAUAUUUUGACUGGACUCCCGUCACAAGCCGGUCUAUCACUGUGCACAUCAGCGAGUCAAGUGAUGACGAAGACGAAGAGGAGGAGCUGGAAGGGCCCGUCGGUAACGGAGACGUUGAGAAGGGCUCCAAAACUCAAACCAACUCAAACUUGGCUGAAAUCUUACCUGUGUACCGCCAGGACAGUCACACAUCUGUCCAGGGGGGGAGCCACGACUUUCCAGGUGAAGGCACUUACCUCCUGAAGUUUGACAACUCCUACUCACUAUGGCGAAAUAAAACUCUUUACUACAGAGUUUAUUACAGUGCCUGAGAUGCCAGUUUAUGAAUGUAUCAUUUACAGAAGAAUACUACUCUUAAGAACGAUGGACUAUUUUUGAUUUUGGAAAAAGAUGAAGUUAUAUUAUAGGUUAAAUAUAAGCAUAUCUAUUUUUUAGCACUAUCAGCUAGUGUUGCCACAUGUUGAAUUGACGAUCAGAUAGUUCUGAAUGCAACAUUUGCUCCAAUGUCUUGCUGAUAGAUAUUUGAAGAAGCCUUCCAUAUGUGCCAUGUUCCCAUGUUUGCACUGUGCUAUUUGGUCAAGUGCCCGUCAUAAAACAUAUAUUGUCUUCAGCUGUAACAUUUCUAUGGUAGCAGUGAUCAGGGAACACCUGCACAGAAUCUGUUUCACCAGGCCAGGUGCUUAAUCAUCAGUGCUCUAAAGAAAUUGAGUUUUCUGUCGGUGUGUGUGUGUACUGUAAACGUACACCUUCUAUGAUUAUGUUGAGUUGUUGUUGUUACGUGUAUUUAUCCUUCUGCUUUGUAUUGUAACUUAUUUUUUAUCUGUGUUCAAUUUUAUCACGUGAUAAUGGAGAAUAUAAUUAUAUAUUCAAAUUCUGUGCACAGAGCUGUCUACUGUCAUAGUGGUGUGUCGGUAAAAGAUAUAAGUUGAAUGUACUGAAGCAACAGUUUUCCAGACUGUGCUUUUUAUGACACAAAUAAAAGCCAUCCCUUAUCACAUGCUCUUAUUAUGUAAUAUAGAUUCAAUAUUUACAUUUGCCCCCUUCUCGACUUUAAUUUGCUGUUUCGGAGGUAGGGAGCGGUUGUAAUAUUUCAGCUAAAUGUAUUUUGUGCGCAGGUCUAUGGAAGUAAAGGUCAUUGUGUUUGUUUCUCUGUGCGUUCAGCAGCAUACUUUUUUUUGAUUGUGUUGUCUUGUUCCAUCCUGUUUCUAAAAAUCGAUGCUUCUACUUCUACCACACUCACUUGUGCGCAUGUUCCCAAAGAUGUCACACACCGGUUUAAAGCUUCCCAUGUUUGCUGUACUGUACCUUUACUGUAAGUAAUGACAUUCCUUAACUUUAUAUUCGACAAUAAAGAGAAGAUUGACUAUU